AUGGGCCACGUCCUCGACUCGGUUCAAAGGUUCCUUCACCCACACUCGCCGCCGUCCACGCCCGGCGAGACGUCUCCCGCGACCAAGCCUCUGACGGUCGCCGCUGAGAAGCGCCCCGAGACGCCUGCCGCCGAAGACGACCCCGACCACCUGGUCUUCAUCGCCCUCUCCGACUUCUCCGCUCGGACCAAGGGCCGCUCCGUGCGCGCUGGCGACUUCAACGACGACACGACCAUUGGCUGGAUCCCUGCCAUCCUUGGUAUUGCCGCCGAUGGACACUGUCUCGACACCAUCCCAUACGGCGCCAUCGGUGACCUGCGCGUCCAGCCCGACUUGUCGGCGCGCUACCGCUUCAACCCGAUCGGUAGUCGCCCCGGGCUGGACAUUGUGUUUGGAAACGUGGUCAACACUGACGGCACACCGUGGGAGAGCUGCACGCGCACAUUUCUUGCCGACGCUGUGAAGACACUCCACGACGAGUUCGGCAUCAAGGCCAUCGCGGCGUUCGAGCACGAGUUUAUCGAGCUCGGCAUCCCCAAGCCCGCCUUCCCGCAGACUCUCGAGGCGUUCCGCAACGCCGAGCCCAUCGGCACCGAGCUCGUCAAGCUCCUCUCCGACGCUGGCUUCCGCCCGGAGAACUGGCUGCCGGAGUACGGGCCGUCGCAGUACGAGAUCACUGUUGCGCCAGUCGACCCCGUUGCCGCAGGUGACCGUGCCCUGUUGGUCCGUGAUAUUGUUCGCGACGUGUACGAGGCCCAUGGCCGCAAGAUCACCUUUGCGCCCAUCCUCGCGCCAGAAGAGACUGGCAGCGGCGCCCAUGUCCACUUUGGCUUCAGCGAUCUCCAGGGCAACAAUGUCCUCUAUGACGCGUCGCGUCCGGGCCGUCUCUCGGCUCUCGGCGGGAGCUUCGCCGCCGGUAUCAUCCGGCACGCACCCGCCCUCGCCGCAUUCUUCACCCCGCUCGUCUCAAGUUAUUUCCGCCUCAAGCCCAAGCACUGGAGCUCUGCACGGGCAUUCCUCGGCGCCCAGAACCGCGAGGCUCUUCUCCGCAUCCCUCCUACCAAUGAGCUCGGCGGUCGCGACCCUUCAAAGCAGGUGCAUCUCGAGUUCCGUGGCGGAGACGCCGGAGCGAACCCCUGGCUUCUCCUUGGUGUCCUCUUCCGCGCCGGUAUCGAGGGCAUCCGCGACAACCUGCCGGCGCCAGAGGUGAUCAACUCGGAGCAGGAGACUCUGAGCGAGGAGGAGGCUGCCGGCACUCAGCUUCCUACCUCGCUCGCCGAUGCCCUCGACAAGCUCGAGGCCGACAAGGUGGUGUCCGGCUGGUUCCACCCCAAGUUCCUCGAAUCCUACAUCAAGGUCAAGCGGUACGAGAUUGAGAAGAUUGGCGCGCUCUCCGACGAGGAGCAGUGCAAGUUCUACACCAAUGUUUAUUAG